AUUAAUGGAUUCCGCUUUCAGGUGGACGAGGAAGUGCUUCGAGCUGGAAAGGUGAAGGCUAACAAGGAGAAAUUCUUGACUGGAGAAAUGGAAGAAGAAAGCGAAGAAGAUGAAGAGGGCGAACGAGAUCCAAACAUUAUUCGUGAAAAUAAGAAGAAGAAGAAGGAAGAGCUGCACUUUGCUCAGGUGAUUUUGCUAAUCAAGGUCAUUUAA